AUGUCUUGUUCUCUCCUUGGACCUGAACAAAUUUCCAAUCCUCCAUCACCACCACAAUCCAUUGGGUGCAGCAAUGCAACAAAUAAAUCAGCACAGAGCUCAAUCAACUGCAUCUACCAAGCCCAAGUGGCUCAUCUAGCCUGCAAGAUAAUAGUCACUUGGUGCAAGAACAUCAUCAACCAUUGCCUCAGCAUCACAGUGGAAAAUGCUUCCCAGGAAAACCAAAGCACCUACAGGAUUGAACUCAAGCCCUGGCAGUUCUGGAGCAAGAAGGGUCUCAAAUCCAUUGAACUUGGCAACAAACGGAUCGAUGUUUUCUGGGAUUUUCGGCUUGCGAAGUUCUCCUCCUCGAGCCCUGAACCAUGCUCCGACUACUACAUCGCCAUGGUUUACAGCGAAGAGGUGGCUCUGCUUCUGGGAGACCUGAAGAUUGAGGCUUACAACAGAACGAGGUCAAGGCCAUCUCUGGUGGAGGCUAGCCUCUUGUGCAGGGAAGAGACUGUGUUUGGGAAGAAAUGUUUUUGCACAAGAACCACUUUUGGGAAUGGGAAGAAAGAACACAAUGUGAUCAUUGAGUACUCACUGACUGAGCCUGGAGAUUCUGAGAUGUGGAUUAGCAUUGAGGGGAUAGUGAUGAUUCGGAUUAUGAACCUGCAUUGGAGGUUUAGGGGGAAUGAGACAGUGCUGGUGGACAAUAGACCAGUGCAAAUUUUUUGGGAUGUGCAUAAUUGGGUGUUUAGGAGUGCAGCAGUGGGUCAUGGUUUGUUCAUUUUUAAGCCUGGAAAGUUGGAGAGUGCCUCUGCCGCCGAUGUCAGCGGCAGCAGCGGUGACCGGAGAAAGAAUGGAAACACAAUAGGGGAGGUAUCAGUCCCAGGCCACCGCCCAACUGCCAUGGAGUUCUGCCAUUUUCUGUAUGCUUGGAAGAUUGAGUGA